AUGGCUUUAAUACGCGCCUGUGAGCUACAUGUGGAUAAGCGGGUGACAAUUUACACUGAUAGCCGUUAUGCAUUCGGUGUGGUGCACGACUUUGGCACAUUGUGGAGACAAAGAGGAUUUAGAUCUGCUGAUGGAAAACCGAUCGCUAAUUCUGAUCUUGUUCAAAGACUUUUGCAGGCUAUACAGCUGCCAUCGGCAAUUGCAGUUGUUAAAACGAAGGGGCACAGCACGGCUGACACAGACGAAGCAGUGGGAAAUGCUCUUGCAGACGUAACCGCGAAAGCAGCUGCUGCCUCACAGCAACCACCCAGAAAGGAAGUAUUAUCUUUGCCUUUACAGCUGCCACUUGUCACACUCCCAGACUAUUUAGAAACAAAUGUUGACCUAAAAUUCAUACAAGAGCAGGCCUCUGCCUCAGAUUACACUUACUGGGAAAGUAAUGAUUGUACCUUAGAUAACAGAGACGGCUUAUACAAAAACCUUGAGGGUUUGAUUGCCCUCCCAUCUUCACUACUGCCAAUCCUUGUCCGCCAUUUUCACGGUGUGAGUCAUGUCGGACAAAGAGGGGUAAUAGGAGCAAUAAAAUCAAGAUUUGUAAUUGAGAAAACAUCACACGCAGUAAAACGCAUAUUAGCAACCUGUCUAACAUGUGCACGAACUAAUGUAGGUAGCUCAAAAGCAAAACAUCAGCAUUUACCACAACCAGAUUUCCCAUUUCAUACAUUACAAAUUGAUUUUACACACAUGCCAGCACAAGGAAGCAUCAAGUACUUACUGGUAAUAGUGGACCAAUUUAGUAAAUGGGUAGAAGCUUACCCAACAUCAAAAGAAACUGCAGAAGUAGUCUGUCAAAAAUUGUGCAAUGAAAUAAUACCCAGAUUUGGAAUACCUCACCAAAUUAACAGUGAUAGAGGACCUUCAUUCACAUCAGAAGUAAUUCAAAAGUGUGCUAAAACUCUAGCAAUAGACUGGAAAUAUCAUGUGCCAUACCAUCCUCAGAGUUCAGGAGUUGUAGAAAGAAUGAAUAGGACCAUAAAAAAUCGCCUGACUAAAGCAAUGAUAGAAACAGGAAUGACCUGGAUCAAACUACUUCCUCAAAUCCUCUGCGAGAUUAGAAUGACUCCAUCCGCAGCAACCAAAUUAUCUCCAUUUGAAAUAAUCAUGGGAAGACCGUUUCCAACACCAUGGUCAGCCUCCAGAGGGGCACCGCUAUUGGAAGGGGACAUAGACACUGCAUUGUCUGACUAUGUUCAUAACCUGGUAGAAACACUGAAUAAUAACUAUCAGAAAGUUUGUCUCUCUCAGCCUCUCCCUUCCACAGAUCCAACCCAUCCGUGGAAACCAGGAGAUGCGGUGUUGGUAAAGUCACUAAAACCAAGGGCACUCGGGGAGGCCGCGUGUUCCAGCCCCCAGACUGUACUUGCAGUGACGAGAACCAGCAUCCUAACAGACGGACAACCUCAGUGGAUUCAUGCCAGCAGGGUUAAGACCAGCCCCACCAAACCACCUAAGGCGUCGGAUCAAGUAGAUGACGACUCAGGCGAGCCAGCGCCCGGAUUCAAUACACCUAUAGAUGACGACUCAGGCGAGCCAGCGCCCGGAUUCAAUACACCUACACAUACACAAUCACUGAUUAACACACAACGCCUGAAAGAGCAACAGCAAGGUACUCGAACAUCCAGCAGGAAUAAAAAGCCUAGAGUACCACACAAUGUCUAACCUGAUAAAGAUAGACUCAUUCCAUCCUGAUAAUGGAGAAAAUGAAAUGCCCAUUGUCAUCACACGACGCUUAUUCAAUGUCUCUCGAACCUGGGACCAGGCCAGGAGACGACUGAAGAACUGUGUUUUUUAUAUAUUUAGGUUAUUAAUCAUAUCUACUGCAUUAACCUUAGGAUUUUUAUUUACUAUUUUGUAUUGUAAACUGCAACCCUGUUCACAUUUCUGCAAGCCACAUUUUGCUGACAAUACCUCAUGCUCCACUUGGCAAGACACCCACCUAGUACACUCCUCACGUUAUAACCCAUAUAGCUACUAGUACAGCUACUUCAAUGUAUUUGCAAUUAGCACAAAUUGAUCCUGAGGAUGUGCCAGAUGUUACCAAUGAUGUUCCUGAUGUGUAUAUUGAACAUUAGGUUGUGAACUAUUACAUUUUAUGAUUUGCUUUUUAUAUUAUGUUAUUACAUUUGUGAUUUUUCCUUUCUAUUUGAGUUAUUAUUUUAAAAAAAUAAUAAAAGAGGGGAACUGUUAGGUAUUUUAGUACCAUGGGAGCAUUUACUGGAUAUUGUUUUAUAGUGACAUUAUGCAGGAAAACUCUGUCAUUCAAUAAGGCCCCUUUGUUUUAGUUAUUUUUCUCUUUGACCCAAGAAUUGAUGUGUGAGAAUCACAGGCUGGUACAAGGUUGAAAUACCACAGAGAUCACUCCCUCAGCUACAUUAGUUUCUAAAUCUCUUAGGAGAUGCCUGUUGAAGGCCAAAUGGUUUGUUUCAGAAUUCACUAAUGUAAGAACUCUUUAUUUCGUGCUUGAAAAUAUGUCGCUGAGAUAAUCACAAUUGUAGCUGAACUGAUAAACUAUACAAAGGAUGCUUCUUCACCCAAGGGCAGGAAGACGCUCCCUUAUCUUGGUCUGUACUGGUUUAAACUGAUAAUCUGCUGUCUCAUGAAUUUUACCCUCUAUAUAAACUGUUGUACUUGUGAAUAAAGUUGAGUCACUUUGGGAAGACAA